AUGGAUGAUCUUUUCUUCGACCCAAAGGCAGCCAGCGCGCCCACCCCACCCAGUGUAGAUGGCUGUCUUACAUUAAUCGAUGGAACUAUCGAGAAGUGGUCUGGCGAGUAUCUUACAGUGAACUCACCUGUGCGAAUGUCUAAAAAGGCACAGGAAGCCGCAGGUAAUGAUGACGAUAAGAUUUGUAUAGGAAAGUAUGCGAUGUGUGAUGAAGCAACAGCCUUAAAGGGUGUGGGUGCGGCAUACAAAGCGUAUGAUCACGGGCGUGGCGAGUGGCCUCAGAUGAAGCCCGCUCAGCGUAUCGAGUGUGCGAUGAAGUUUGUGGAAGGCAUGCGCUCUAAGAGAGAGGAGUUGAUCUCUAUCCUUAUGUGGGAGAUCUGCAAGAACUCGACAGAUGCAGCCAAGGAAGUCGAUCGAACGAUUGACUAUAUCGUGGACACUGUGGCCGAGCUUAAGAAGAUGGAGAACGAUACAAAUCCGUUGAUGAAUGUUGGCGGUGUGGUGGCGCAAGUCAAACGUGCACCCCUGGGGAUAGGACUGAUCUGUGGGCCCUACAAUUACCCGUUGAAUGAGUUCAUGACGCUGUUCCUGCCAUGCAUUAUCAUGGGUAACACGUGUGUGCUGAAGACCCCCAGGACCGGCGGACUUUGUCACAUCCCCCUGUUGGAAUUCUAUCAGAGCUGCUUCCCAAAGGGUGUGGUCAAUGUGGUACACGGUAGUGGACGUACUGUGUUUACGCCCAUUAUGAAGAGUGGGAAGGUGCAGAUCCUGGCAUUCAUCGGCACACACAAGGCCGCACAGUCGCUUCACGCGUGCGCACCUGUGCCUUUCACUGUACGCUUGGCGUUGGGCUUGGAUGCGAAGAACCCUGGAAUCGUCACCGCCCAGGCUGAUCUAAAUGUUGCAGCAACAGAGUGCACGCUGGGUGCUCUCUCUUAUUGCGGACAAAGGUGCACCGCCAUCAAGAUAAUAUAUGUGCAUAAGAGCGUGGCCGACGAAUUCGUGAAGAAGCUCGUGGCGAAAGUCGAUGCACUGAAAGCAGGCUUACCAUGGGAGAAAGGUGUCAACAUCACGCCGCUACCUGAGGAGGGUAAACCGAAAUACCUAGAAGAGGUCAUUGCCGAUGCCGAGUCUAAGGGUGCCAAGGCGAUUAAUAGGCAUGCGAAACAAAGUGACAGGACUCUUGUGCAGCCCACUGUGCUGUACCCGUGCAACUCGGACAUGCGAUGUGCAAAGGAAGAACAGUUCGGUCCUUUAGUGCCUAUUGUGCCGUAUGAGUCGAACGAGGAAUUGGAGCAGUAUAUGAUCGAAACACACUACGGGCAACAAGCCGCUGUGUUCUCGACCGAUUCUAACACCCUGCCGAGGCUCGUAGACUUCCUGGCACACCAUGUAACACGCAUCAAUCUGAACGCACAAUGCCAACGUGGACCUGAUGUUAUGCCGUUUAGUGGACGUAAAGUGAGUGCAAGCGGAACUCUCUCCUUGCACGAUGCCUUGAGGACCAUGUCUAUCCGUGUAGCAGUGGCCACUAAGGCCACAAAGGAGAACAUCGAUAUUGUUUCGGCGAUACUGAGAGAUGGGCAAUCCAAUGUGCUAACAGCUGAGCUGCAUAUCUAA